GAAAAAGUACCCUUAGAAAAACAUGGACGACAAUGGAAGUGGAAGCUUAAGCACAACCACACCAUGUGCAGCUUGCAAGCUUUUGGAGAGGAGGUGCGCCCAAAAUUGCCCCUUUUCUCUAUAUUUCUCGCCUCAAGAAACCCACAAGUUCAAAUUAUUUCAUGAAGUUUUUUAUGCUAGCAACUUCUUCAAGGUCCUCAUGACAAACCCUAGCCAAAAAGCUGAAGCUGCAAAUAGUCUUGAGUAUGAAGCAAGUUUGAGGGCCAGAGAUCCUGUUCAUGGAAGCAUGGGCGUGAUCUCUGCCUUGCAAGGCCACAUUCAGAGUGCACGGGCCGAGCUCAAUGCAGUUAGAGAACAAAUGUCAAAGUAUAGGGACCAAGCAGGCAUUGUCCCUCCUCCCAAUGAUGGCUUGCUUCUGCCUAACAUCGCUACUUCAACGGUCGCACACGUCGCCGUCAAAACUGCCUCGUCUCCAUUCAAGCUCGCCAUCCUCUUCCUCCUCCUCCUCUUCCAUGCUCUCAUGGCCAAGCCUUCCGUCCAAAAUUAGCAUCUAUUGAUGUUUCUGGUGAAAGCAUAUAUAUCCUAUAUUUUUGUUAAAUUUCUAGGACAACAGAAAGCCUUUUCUUUUAUUUGCUCUUUUGGGUGAUCAUGAAUGUUUGUGCGUUUAGCUUAGCUUGGUCAAGUUUCAUUCUCCUUCGUAUUUUUUCCUCCC